UACAGGGGAUGCUUUUCUGUUUGCACAUUUUUUUUGUGAACAUAUUACUAAGCAUGCUAUAGAUCCAGGUUUCCCAAAAAAAUUACCCUAGAUUUCUUAUAUCAAAGUACUUCCUGGUUAAAUAAAGGACUCUUUAUAUCAAGGUACUCCCUGGUUAAAUAAAGGUUUCAUUAAACUAUAGAAAGAUGAUAUAUAAUGUUCAUGAUAUUUCCAUGGCAUUCACCCUUUCACUCCUGUCUUGUCACUAGGGCGGGACAGCAUAUUAAACAUUGAGAUUGAGACCUACAUGGCCUGCGUCACAGCCUUCUUGUCCCUGGCCAAGAGUGAAUACACCAUGGUGUCCAAAGUCUUCCCUCUGAACUGCUCCAAUACCUUUGAAACUCUCAUCCAGGUGGCUCUGAACCAGCUGAUCCAGAAUGGGGAGAACAUUGUGUCCUCUGUCAGACGAGCCUGUUCACGUCACGACUACACAGCCCUCGUCGCCAUGUUACCUGUCCUGGGCCGCCUCCUGGAGGAGGACAAAGAGUUUAACACAUUACUAAAGUGCACAACAAGCAGCACCUUGGCCAAGCUUUCCAAACUCAUUACAUCUAUGAAGACCCUGGCAGUCAGAGCACUGAAGGAUUUUUCUGCUCAAGUCAAGAGCAACCCUGAUAGGGAGAGUAUGUCCAAGGAUGGAACGGUUCAUGAAUUCAACAGCAAUGUAACAACUCUCUUUUCUGAUGUUUCAUGUCCAUCAGUUUCCAUUCAAUUAAGUGAAUCAGUAAUGCUGAUGUGCUUACUGAGUAAGGACAAGGGUGUUUUGUUCCAGAGGGUGUUUAUUUCCUUAUAUUGUAGUAUCAUGGGAUACUAGACAGAAGACACAUGUCAGUUUCUCACUAAAUGUAGAAUAAAGUUGUAUUUUUAUUUUUUAUCCAAUUUUAACUGACCUAACUAAAGAUGUGUAAUAUGUUAAUUGUUCUCUUACUGUCUCCAGACCAUUCUAUUCCUGCAGCAGUUGCUGUCCUUUGCAGAUGCUGUUCGGUCCAUCCUUUAUCCUCAUGAUGUAGACAGUGACACAGUAACUAUGGAGGUGUCCCGUAGUGUUCAGGUGGACAUUCAAC